UAAUGUGAGGGGUAAAAUGGAAAGGCAAAAAGAAUAAAAUUGGAUUUUCAUGUCUACUUUUUAUAAAAAGGUGGUUAGGGAAAUUUAUUUUUUUAUUUUUUAAAUUUUAUAGAUUAAAAUACACAUUUUCGUAAGAACUAAUUUUUCACAAACUUUUACCUUUUAUUUUUUAUUUUUUAUUUUUUUUUGCACUUAACCCGUAUUAAUUACACGACACAUAUGCGUCAGUGUAAGUGGCUCAAGUAUUCUUUGCUUCUAAAAACCUCUGUGGCGAACUGCUCUAUCCUCCAUCUCGAUUCAAUCUAUCCUCCAACUCGAUUCAAUCCGAGACCCGUCAACGGUUUCUCAAUCGUCUGUAAAUUUUCCAAAACCCCAGAAGAAGAUUUCAAAUUCUUGUGCUUCGCAACAUUUGAAUACACACAAAAUUGAGUUCAUUCAAAUUUUUUUUGCUUUUUCAACAUUUGAAUAGACGCAAAAUUUUCUUUUCGGAAAACGUAAAAGACCCACCACUGUUCCUCUGUUUUAUCGCUUUUUGGUACCAGAAGAGGGUUUGAGAUGGAAAAAGUUCAUAAUUUUUUUCGGGUUUUCGGAUUGGAUUGCGGAGAUUUGAUGUGGUUCUGAGAUGGGUUUCAAGUGAUUUUGAUAGAGCUGGGUUUGUUUGGUGGAUGAGGACUGAGGAGACCUAUGGAGCCUCCAAGUGGAUUCUUGGCUUCUCUGUGGAACUUUAUUUGCUUCUUGCCUUACUUCAUUGGUCUCCUUAUUUUAGGUUGCAUAAAAGGCAUCAUUUUCUGCCCAUUGAUAUGCCUUAUCAUCACAAUUGGAAACUCCGCAAUUAUUAUAGGUCUUUGGCCAGCUCACUGUUUCUGGACAUAUUAUCAGAUUCUGGGAGCUAAACAAAUAGGGCCAGUUUUGAAGCUUGUACUCUGUUUAGGCAUUUCUUUUCUCUUGAUUUUGUGGCCAAUUUUUGGUAUUGUUGGGAGUAUUAUUGGCGGUGCAGCAUAUGGCCUUCUUGCUCCAGUGUUUGCCACUUUUAAAGCUGUUGGUGAAGGGAGGACUAAUGAUUUUUUCCACUGUAUUUAUGAUGGAACUUGGGACACUGUGAAAUGGAGCUUUACUUUUGUCAGGGAUUUUAUGGAUGUGUGUUAUCAUUCCUACUUCUCAGUUAUGGAUGAUCUACAGUGUCCAGGGCCUCCAGAGGGAAAAUAUUAUGAGAUAAGGUUGGUUGUCAGAGUACUUUAUCUUCCUGGGGCUCUUAUAGCUGGUGUGCUUGGUUUCAUGGUUGACAUGCUGGUCAUUUCACUUGUUGCCCUUUACAAGAGCCCUUAUAUGCUGUUCAAGGGGUGGCACCGUUUGUUUCAUGAUUGCAUAGGUCGGGAAGGCCCUUUCUUGGAGACAAUAUGUUUACCAUUUGCAGGUCUUGCUAUCUUACUCUGGCCACUGGCUGUUGUUGGGGCUGUAUUAGGCUCCAUGGUAUCAAGCGUCUUCUUAGGUGCUUAUGCAGCAGUGGUUGUUUAUCAGGAAUCCUCGUUAUGGCUGGGACUUUGCUAUAUCAUUGCUUCAUUAUCCAUUUAUGAUGAGUACAGCAAUGAUAUUCUUGACAUGCCAGAUUGGACCUGCUUUCCUAGGCCUCGAUACCGAAAGAAGGCUGAGCUAUCACGAGGCAACUCUUGUGCAGCGUCUUUCUCAAGUUUGGACUCUUUCCGAAAUUCACCUUCUCGAACAGCUUCACUCAAGACUCCUUUGGUCGAGUUGAAGCCACUUGAGGUAUUUUUAAUUGAUAGCUUAUUUAAGGAGUGUCAACACCAAGGGGAAAUUAUGGCUUCUGAAGGACUAAUAACACUUAAAGACAUUGAAGAUGCUAAAUCUAGUAAAGAUAGCGGCAGGGUGAUAAGUGUAGGUUUACCGGCUUAUUGUCUCCUCCAAAUGCUUUUACGAUCUGCAAAUGCCAACUCUGCUGGUUUAUUGUUAAGUGGCAAUGUCACUGAGAUAACUAGUACAAACAGACCCGAAGAUACAUUCUUUGACUGGUUUCUUAAUCCACUCCUGAUCAUCAAAGACCAGAUUAAAGCUGAAAACCUCUCUGAGACUGAAGAGAAGUACCUAGGAAAAUUAGUGCUGUUGAGUGGUGUUCCUGAGAGGCUGAAAAAACCAAAUAUUGGCUCACCACCUGAAUCUGAGCGCAAACGAGCCGAACUUGAUGCACUAGCUCGAAGGCUUCAAGGGAUCACCAAAUCUAUCUCGAGGUAUCCAACGUUUAGGCGUCGUUUUGAUAAUAGCAUCAGAACCAUAUGAUAACGAAAGGCUUAUGAAAUUAUGCCACAUGGGGCUCAAUAUGGGUGGAGUUUCUUGUGCUGAUUUCAAGGGGGGCUAAAGCACAUGGGGGUGGGGACUUGUUACAUUAUUUUUUUUCAUAUAAAGUGUUGCUUUCUUGUGUAUAUAUACUAUAUCUAUAUAUGUAUAUAUUAUUUCAUAAAGAGAGAUGCAUAAACACGCUUUGCUUGAUUAGCGGGACAAAUACCAUCACACCAAUAUUGUUCAGUUGGUCUUAUUUUUUUAUUAUUUAAAUUGAAAAAUAAAAAAAGAGAGAAAAUGAUGAUGAUCAUCAAUUUUUGGGUUAAGUGCAUUAUACUCUCUUCAACUAUCACCCAAUUACAAGAUACCUCUCUGAAGUAAAAAAUACUUCCUAAACUAUAAAAGUGUUGCAAUUCACCCCCACAGUGCCAAACAACCGUUAACUAAAAAAUGAAAUUACUUAUUUGCCCAUUAAAAAUUACUCUUCUCUCCUAUGCAAGCUCUUGACAGACCGCGAUCAUCCCUCACUCCACUCUCUCUCUCUCUCUGUUCUCAUCGUUUGGGUAAUCACUUUCUUCUGUGUUAUGGCCUUCAUAAAUUGAAUCACAUAGCUUUGAAUUAAUUUGAGGCAAAUUAAUUACUCAUGAUAUUUUAUAGCUUAUUGUUCAUAUCAAUUGGACCCAGUAAUAGGGAUGCAGCAAGAGAGAGCAUGUUCCUCUGUAUGAUCUUACGAUAAAAACCUAAAUAAAUAGAGAAGGCUGAAUAGCCAAAAGCCCAAAGUCCCCUAACCCAUCCAAGCGAAGCGCAGAUGAACAACGCCGAGGGAAAUCGCAGGCUCAGUUCUUGGUAACAUUAAUGGCCGGAGUUUUGUUGAUUUCUCAAUUUGCCGAUAUCAUUUUCGAUCUGUUAUUACCGGUAUCAGACGACUAUGAGGUGAUCGAAGUAGAUAAGCCAUGAACACUGUGAGGAUGGCAGAUCUGCGAUGAAAGAGUCGACAGCGGGGAGUGGUCACAGCUCCAUAUACUGAUGGGUCUUCAGGCUUUCUGAAAGGAGUCUACUGGCAAGGAUUCUGGUCGGCGGUGAGCAAAGAUUAUGACAAGGGCUGGUGGUGCAUGAUCUGUGACGAUUGAUGAAUGGUGCAACAAGAAGCUAGCAGCAGCAGUUCCGUCGAGCAAUAUGUGAAACGGCGAGGAAGCGGCGAGCUGAACCAAUGAGGACUCGUCUCAAGAGUGAGCCGGCGCGAAGUGGGUUUGUACGGCAGUGAAGAGGACGGCGAGCACUGUCUGAACGACCCUUGCCGGCGAGGACAAACAGUGGGCAUGUAGGACUUACUGGCGGGCAUGGAACAACGGUGUGCUCGAUGAUGACAGAAAACUGAAACGGCGGCGAGUCGGCCACCGCAAAAGACGGCGUGAUGGGCUUUUUCGAUUUCUUCCUUGAACUGGGUUUUUUUGGAAGAGGAUGGUGAUCCAACGUCGCGAAGGAAGAUGAUGACCAAGGUAAAACCCAUGAACGCCGCGAGGAUUAUGUUGCUAUGGGCAACGGAGGUUCUGGCGAAGGGACUGAGAGAGGAGGCGUUGGGGUGGUUUGGAAGAAUGUAGAGAGAGAUGAAGUAAGAAGGAGGUAGGGUUAUUAUUGUCUUUUUAAAUUUUUGUUUUGCAACUAAUGAAAUAGUUUAGAAAGUUAAGUAUCGUUUCAAUAGGUUUUUCAAUUUUCAAGGCAUCAAUAUGAGGUUCUGUUUGGAAAAGGCAAUAGUAUAUAGCUAGCAACAAAAGCCAAAUGUCUAGGCUAGCUUAUAGCUAGCUCUCUUUCUGCCUUUUUCCUUGUUCACUUUUUUCUUUUUGCUUGGAAGAUGUGAUAUUUUGUUUCA